AUGUUUGGGUACGACCUCACCCCCGCAAUAGUCUCGUCCAUCAUCGCCGCCGGCAUCCUCAUCAUACAAUGGACCCUCCCCCUCUUCCUCGGCAUCGUCCUGGCCGGCCUAAUCCAAAACGCCAGCACGGCCAACACCUGGUCCGUCAUCACCACCCUGCUCCACAACUCCAAUCUGCACACCCUCCUCUUCUCCGACAGCACCAGCACCACCCACAUUGCGCGCCCCGUGCUGCUCCUCUCCUACCUUGCCAUCCUCGCGCUCGGGCUCACCGCGCUCUCCGGCGUGCUCACCCCGCUCGGCAUCCGCGAGGACAUCAAGGGCCGCGACGUCCCCAGCCUGCGCUUCGAGCUCGCGCUCGACAACGGCUCGUUCUUCCUGGGCACCGCCGAGCGCCAGUUCUACGCGCUGACGCGCGUGUGCGGCUUCGGCGAGGAGGCGUGUCCCGGCCAGGAGGGCCAGACGGUCGAGGAGGACGAGGGCCGGUUCCAGGUCGCGCCGUGGAAGCCUGUGAGCACGGUGGUGGAGGAGAGCGCGGUGUGGGUGGAGACGGCGACGGGGACGAGCACGAGCGGGUGGUCGGGCACGGAGACGAGCACGGCGACGGCGACGAGUCGCACGUCGGAGUCGAGUGAGAGCUCCUCCGGUAGUACAUCGGGGACGCGUACGGGGACGAGGAGCUCCGACACGGCGUCGGGGACGAAUACCGGCACAGGCACCAACACCGGCACGGGUACGGGCAGUGAGACGUCGACGCCGACGCGGACGGGGACCGAUACCGGCACUGCCACGACGCCGACCGGCACCGGCAACCGUCCCAACACGCCGACUGGCUCCGCAAGCCCGACCAACACGUCCCCGAAGCCGCCGACGGACACCGGGACCAGCCCACCAAAGGACACCGGCACCGGCACCGGCGCCGGGAGUGCCACGCCGCCCGCGGUGUCCGUCCCGUCUGCCACCCACGAUGCCGGAUCAGCCUCAGUCCCGCCGGCGGCCGCAACGAGCCCGAACACGCGCGCAGACGUCGUCCCCACGAGCGUCGACAACCCCGUGCAGCUCCCCGGCAGCGUCACCGCGCGCUCCGACACCGCCACCACCGGCGCCGCGCAGGUGCAGCAGCCCGCGGCUGCCUCUGCCGCCUCCGAGUCCGCGGCCUACCUCGCGCUGCACCGGCGCUCCGACCCCACCCCCGAGGCGAAACCGAAACCGACACCGGACCGCCGCCGCCUGAACCGGCGCGCAACCGCGAAAAAGUACCGCAUCGGCUCGUCGGUGCCGGCGCCGCUGGCGGCGCUGUUCACGAAGGCGUCCUACUACGGCGCGAGCGUGGCCAGCGUCUUCGAUAUCCAGUUCCGCAACUACAUCAUCCUCAACCUGCCGCAGCACCAGCUGGCCAACGGGCUGCGGUACACCAUUGGGCAGUUUCGGUUCCUCGAGACACUCAUAUUGAGUAGGGGCUACAAGCUGAUUGAUGGCCUGAUCGUGGACACGAAGGAUGGCGGUGUCGGGUUUCGGAAGCAUGCGGUGCCGGAUCGGGAGAAGAAGAAGUAUGGUGCGAGCUGGGGGGAGACGCUGUUAUGGAUGGCGCCCGAGACGGUGUGUGUGGCGAAUAAUGUGAGCUUGCAGGUCACCACGGACGAUGAUGGCGGCGCGGCGAGCGUGCUUAUUGAUGCGGGGGGGUUCAGGGGGCUGGUGGGCGUGAGUGAGCCGGAUGUGGUGGCGGACGUGGCGGGGGUGCCGGACCUGGCGGGGAGGGCGUGGAGGGGCGCGUACUAUUUCAAUAAGGAUGUGGCGGGCGCGGUGGGUGCGAGUGGGGCGGCGGCGGAGAACACGACGUUUCAGAUUGAGGGCGACAGUGUGUGGAUUUCGAGGCUGCAGGAGGUGAGCGAUAGCCUGGGGGACAGCCAGUUUGUGGUGCAUCGAGUGCCGCUGGGGGCGAAGAUUGUGGAUGGGACGCAGAAUGGGACGAGUAUUGACACGCACUGCGCCGGCCUCACGCCCACCACGCCCUCCGGCGCCCCCCUCGUCACCUGCGGCCUGAUCGUCGGCGCCCCCCGCCGCACCGACACCGAAUCCUCCACCCUCGCCGGCACCUACCGCUACCCGCUGUACACCUGCGCCACGGCCAUCCGCGCCUCGCUCCGCACCACAACCUUCACCUCCAACGGCACCACGCGCGACCUCGCCUCCCUGACCAUCCACAACACCACGCUCCCCCCCUCCGCCCCCCUCUGGGGCGUCGAGGCCCACGCCAACCUCACCGCCGCACAGAUCAGCCCCCUCUGGGGGCCCCUGCACCCCGACGACGAGCACGCCGCCGGCAUCACCGCGCGCCGCGCCCUCCACCUGUACCUGCCUGCGGGCCAGGGCGGCGGCAGCAUCACCGACUCGCUCGGGGGAACAGGCGCAUACCAGUAUGCGGCGGGGCUGGUGUACGAGACCAGCGCGCUGACGCCGGACUACAGCGGCAAGACGAACUAUGCGCUGUAUCGGCAGUGGGAGCGUGUUACGGCGGACGCGGGGAGCGUGGCGGAGCUGCCGGGGCUGGUGUGGACGGAUGUGUUUGCGAACCUUGUGACGAGCGUGGCGGCGGGGGGCAAGGGCGUGGGCGUGGUGACGGUGUAUGAUCGGGUGCUGUGGUAUGAUGUGCGGUAUGCGGUGCCCGUGGGGGUGCUGGUGGCGAUGUGGUGCGGCAUGUGGGGCGUGGCGAUGGCGUUCUGGGUCGGGAGACGGGUGAGGGUGAAGGAGUUGCGGCAGCUGCUGAAUCAGGUGAGUACCGGGCGGGUGGUGGUGAAUAUGUUGGAGGGGAGCAAGGAGGGGGCGCUGCCGGCGAGCAGGUGGGCGAAGGGGAGGGGGAGGACGGUGGUGGGGUUGGAGUGUCGCGGGGCGGAGGGCGUGGAGGGGUGGGAGAGGGAGGGGGAUGAGAUGGUGGGGGGGUUGGUGGUGGGGUUCGUGGAGGCGCCGGUGGAGGGGAGGGUGUUGGAGUUGCUGAAGAGGGAGAGAUUAUAG